AUGGCCACCACUCUGAGUAACACCAACAUCCGCACCAACGACGCCGGCUACUCCAGCGGCAGCGAUGAUGGUCAGGCAGCAGGGGGUCGCAAGAGCUUGGCCGCCUACCAGCAGAACGGCCAGCAGCCCUCUCAGCCUUUCGCUAAGCCUCCCAGCUCAGACAACCUUGGUCAGGCAGCAGGCAGCCUUCUCAAGGGCGCAACAGACGAUGACGGCAAGCUCAAGAAUGCCGGGCUGAUGGUUGGCAUCAAGCUCGAUCUAGAGGCCGAGGUGCACUUGACCGCGAGAGUGCGCGGUGACAUCGUUAUCGGUCUGUACUAG